AUGAUGCUCAAGCGCAAGUCCCUGCCAUAUUUAGAGGAAGACGCUGAAAACGAAAGCACGCUGUCUGGCUGCCUUGUCGCCAUGCGCUGUAACUACAUCCGAGGGCUCACAAGUACCACGAUCUUGCUCUUGCUUGCACCGUCAGAUUGUGAAAAAGCAAUCGAGAAGCUCAAGAACGCUUUCAACACGGUCCAGACACAAUUUCUACACUUUUACGACUAG